AUGUAUUUCCAAAAGCAUCCUCUAAUCUUCCGCUACCCGAUGUUGCCCCCAACUGUCAAAUUAAUUCUGUUUUGGCUCGAACACAUUUUUGGACCAUGGCAAAUCCAAUCAGCCGGAAUUCUCGUAUUUCGUGAAUUUCUCCGGACAGAAUUCAGCGAUGAGAAUAUCGAAUUCUGGCUGACUUGUGAGGAUUUUCGCAACAGUUGUGGAACCAAAAAGUUGCAGAGCAAAGCACAAAAAAUUUUCAACGAAUUUGUCGCGGUCCAGUCAAAAAGAGAGGUCAAUUUGGACUCAACAACACGAAUCCAGUUGGAAAAGGAACUGGAAUCGGUCACGAGGAACACAUUCGAUCAAUCGCAAAAGCGUAUUCAGGCACUGAUGGAAAAGGAUUCCUACUGUCGAUUUCUUCGAUCAGACUUGUACAUGGCCACACUAGAGUACUGCCGCGAAUUGAGCGGAUCACAAACCAUCAGUCCCACAGAUGAUCAAUCAGGUUCUACCCCGAAACUAGCAGUUCCAAAAGUUCAUGUGUUCACUAAUUACGAGCCGGAUUCCACCAUUUCUGGCCUACUUCCAAACGUCAAAUCACCCAAAGAGAUCGCCUCCACGUCUAAUCAACAUGAGACCGGAAGUUUCUCAGCCCCAUCGUCACCGAAAACGUCCACAAAAAGCUCACUACUGGCCACGUGUAUAUUGCGUGAAGAUCAAAGUUAA